AUGUUGGAGUUCGACGGGCUCCUCACCGAGCACCCCUUCGUGUGCUCGGUGGUUGCUAUUGUGAUAGGCGUUUUCUACCAUCACAUCAGCGAGCUGAUUGAGCUUCAGAAACUACAAAGACAGCAAGAUGAGUACAUUGUUGGGAAUCAACGAAAUAAGAUGAGCAGGAAAGGAAGCUUCACUUUGUCAUCGAAUUCCUUCCAGCAGCCAGAGGAAGUCACGGUGUCCUCUACAUUUUCUUCUACUCUAAGUUCUCGCGAUCUUCAAGCGAAACUCGCUGCUUGUGAAAGAGUCAUUCAGUCGCUUCAGAAUGAGCUCCAGACUACCAAAUGCGAUAACUCCAAGUUGAGAGCUUCCCUGGGGACCGCCCACAACAAGGCUGCCAUUCUCGAGCAAGAAGGGACCGACAUGAAGGAACUUCUUGAGAAGGAGCAAACCAAGGUCCUGAACCUUCAGAGUAAACAAAUUCCCACUCCAACUCAAAUGUACGAACUGGAAUGGGACAAGGCCGAUGCCAUGAUUUCGUUGGUGAAUGUUCAGAAGGAAAUCUACGAAUUGGAAUCAUCCAUUUCGAUGCAUCGUUUUGAAUUGGUUCAGAAACAAAAUCUCCUAGAAGUCGAGAUGCAACGAGUUUCCUUGGAAGAAGUGCUUGGAGCUCGAGAACACUCAGAAGCGUUCUUGCAGGCCGAACAAGAAAAGCUGCGAAGCAUUCAUGAUGGAUUGGAAGAAUCGAUUGCAAGAAUCGAAGCCAACCAAGAGAGACUCCUCAGUGAACAAUUCAGCUCUCACGACGAGCUCGCUGCCUCGCAGAAGCAAGAGCAAGUGCUCUUGACUAAGAUUGAAGAAAAGGAAGGCGCCAUUGCCAUUCAAAAGCAGCAAAUGGCUCAACUCGAGCGACUUGUGGAAAUGGAGAAAGAAAAGGCCCGAAACCAAGUGGAAGGAUGCAAGAUCAAGUAUGAAUCGGCGGAACGCAAGCUGGAGAAUAUUAUGCAAGAAUCGGUAUACAAUCAAAAGCGAGUGGACGACCUGGAACAAAUGCUAAAGGCAGAAACCAAGCGAUCCGAAGAGUCGAAGGGUGACAGUCACAAGAACGAGGUGAUUCUUCGCACCAAGGAUACGCAGAUUGAAGCUUUAAAGUCAAGCGUUGCUGCUCUCAAAGAGAAGGAAGAAGAGCAACAGGUCGUCGUAGAGAAGCUUCGCAAGCUCCAUGAACAAGAGAGAGAACGAGUAGACCAGAUGAAGAUACAAGCCGAGAAACUCGCCAAGGAAAAACUGAUGUGCGAAGAUGCUUUGGAGAAGGUGAACAUGAAGAUGGAAGCCAAACUCGAAGCCAUUAUGAAGCAGAAGCAUGUAUUAAAGCAAUUCGAAGAAGCGCAAGCCCAAGAACAGCAAAAGUCUGCAAAGAUCAACGAGCAACUACCACAGUUAUACAAUCUAAUCAAGGUUGAAGAAACCAAGGGGACCAAACUGAAAGAAGAGUUGGACCAAAAGAACGGUCAGCUUUUGAAGGAGAAACUGAAAGUUCAGCAGCUCCAAAAAGAGCUUUCCAACAUGUCAGCCUUGUUGAUGACUCAACAAAAAGACGACAAGGCGACAGCCGAAGCCAUUGCGACAGCGGGAGGGGAUCGAAAAGCAUGGUUUUGGAAGCAACAGUCAUAG